AAUUUUCGUUAAUUUACUCAUUUAUUUUUCAUUCACUUUCUAUUUUUUUCUUCCUCGUAUUCUUCUGACAAAUUAAUAACUGUGAAUUUUUCUCUAUCUAUCUUCUCUCAAUUAUUAACCGCUAAUUCAAUUUUGCUAAGUAUUUUAGCUGAAAAUGAGAUCUUUCUGUUGUGUCUGAUUACUACACACUGCAAUUUCCUUCAUAGCUUAGCUCAUGCCCAAACUCCGAGGACUACCUACGCCUGCUCUACUCCUCUAAUUCUACGGAGUCGAAAUUCUGGUGUAUCCAUUUCUGCUGAGUGAUUGGAGCUUUUUACUGAGUUCCUUUUUUUUCAAAAUUAGGGAUGCUUGGUGUGUGGGGAAAUCUUAUGGCAAAGGAUUUGUUUUCAAUUCUUGGAUUGUUUGCUCUGAUUAAUUUACAAGGUCCAGAUUAAGUGAACUAUUGAAAAGAUGCAUUUGAUUUUUAUAUACUUAUGUGAAAAUUACUCAGUAGAAUUUGUGAUUUUUAAAUUUGAGUAAGAAUGGCAUAUGCAUGCCUUGCACAGUUGCUCCUUCUGAACUUCUCUUUGAAUAUUCUUCGAGACUGUGUUUAUGGAUCUUUAAUAGUUGAUUGAAUCACAGAGAAAAUGGGGUAGUGGUGAAGGGGUGAGGACAACCUGAAUUUUUUUUCGGAUGGAAUCUGGUCAGAUUGACGUUGAUGGUGGUGUUGGAAGUGCGACCGGGACAGCGUACACCCCUCCAGCCCCUACGGCUCAGGAGGAAAUUGACCCCGGCCGAGCUUUGUCUACGAAGAUGAAGGUCAAGGGCACCAAUCAAGAAUCGCAAGAAAAAGAUAAACCUCCAAGUAUCCCAAGCUGUAAUGUCUUUAAGAGCCAACUGCAAGAAUAUUGCCAGAAAAUCAGACUAACUAUGCCAGUUUAUGAAACUAUCAAGGAAGGCCAUUCUCAUGAGCCAGUUUUUAAAUCAACUGUUGUCGUGAACAAUGCCAGAUAUGUUUCUCUACCUGGGUUUUACAAUCGGAAGGCAGCAGAGCAGUCGGCUGCUGAAGUUGCCCUCCUAGCGCUAGCCAAAUCCAAUAAUAGUAGUAGCAAUGGGAUCUCCCAGCAUGUGAUGGAAGCUGGUCAGAUUGACAUUGGUUGUAGUGUUAGAAUUGCGACCGGGACAACUUACACCCCUCCAGCCCCUACAACUCAGGAGGAAAUUGACCUCAGCCGAGAUUUGUCUAGGAAGAUGAAGGUCAUGGGAACCAAUCAAGAAUCACACGGAAAAAAUAAACCUCCAAGUGUCUCAAGCUGUUAUGUCUUCAAGAGCCAACUGCUAGAAUAUUGCCAGAAAACCGGACUAACUACGCCAGUUUAUGAAACUAUCAAGGAAGGCCCUUCUCACGAGCCAGUUUUUAAAUCAACGGUUGUCGUGAACAAUGCCAGAUAUGUUUCUCUACCUGGAUUUCACAAUCGGAAGGCAUCAGAGCAGUCGGCUGCUGAAGUUGCCCUCUUAGCGCUCGCCAAAUCCAAUAAUAGUAGCAGUGAGAUCUCCCAGCUCUUGCACGAGACAAGCUUGUGCAAGAACUUGCUACAAGAUUAUGCUCAAAAGAUGAACAAUGUUAGUCCUAUAUAUAUGUGCCGUUGGGAAGAGAAGGAAGGCAAAAUGCCCAUGUUUUCCUGCGUUGUUGCAAUUGGGAGUAUCAAGUACACUGGAGCUUCAGCAGGCACAAAGAAAGAAGCCGAGAUAAAAGCUGCUAGGACGGCCUUGCUAGCCAUUCAGACAGCAGUGCCCGUCACCGAAGAUCACACGGGCAACUCCAUUUACACCGUUAUCCCACAGAAAAGGAAGGGAUCUGAUCUUGCUAUCAGCAUUCAGGAGACUAGAGAGUCAUUGAAGCCAAAGAAAGGCUGGGUCAAGAAGCAGUAUCAAAAGAAGUGGCAGCCUGUGAAGAAAGACAACCCUGCUGGAGGUACGACUCGUUUGGAGGUCAAUGCAGAUGGCCGGACAGGAGUCGGAUCAACUGUUACCGUUGGACAGGGUGGAUUGCAAGUGGAUGCAGCCGAUACUGUCGGCUCCCGAGGCACGACGAACGGUGGCUCGGAUAUGCAUCAACAUGAGGGACGAGGAUGCAGCUGAUAAUGAGAUAGAUGAAGAUGAUUUUGAAAUAAUCUUGUGAAAAGUAUAUAAGUCGAAUUUGUGAUUUGUAAAAUUAGGAAGGAUGUUAACAACCUCACUGAUAUCUAACUAGGCCAUGGAUUGAUCUUUUAGGUUAAUCAUGACAGCUAUUUUGAUGCCUCUAAGAAACUGUAAUAAAUUAAAUGAGUUUUAAUCUUGUGAAUUGCACUAAACAGGCUCUGCAGUUUCAGUGACAUUUUGGAGAUAUUUA